AUGCGAUUUGGUAUGCCUGGAGAUAAACAGUUUGAAUGGGAAUAUGCCAAAGAAAAAAGGGCAGAUGGGCAGAAAAUCAAUUUGAUUGUUUUCCGUGCAGUCGAGGAAAAGAAGGGAAAGAUUAAAGAGACUCAGCGCCACGGGAUUGCACAGUUAGUUCGCGGAGAGGAUUCUCGGACACCCGGUACUUCGCGGUCUUCUGCGGGUAUUGGGGAUGAAUUGCAGAUUGACGAAGCUGCGUUACAAUCCCUUGAGCUGGACGAGGCAGUCAUUGUUGCGACGUGUUUGAUGUUGUUGAAGGAGAUUGAUCGACGUAGGAUGAUACAAUUUGCAAUGAUCGCAGGAGCCGGUGGUAGUUGA